UAGUCUUUCCCUUUUGUUUGGUUUGUACAUUAUAAAUUGUCUUGUUUCCAUUCGAAUUUUGUUUAUGAAUGUGAGAAGUAACAAUUUGAGUGUUAGAGAGAGGAAGAUGAUGAGUAUGAAAUUAGUUGGAACAAUCUUUGUGUUGUUGCAGUUGCAGUUGCAGCUUCUUCUUUAUUCCAACAAUUAUGGAGUUGCUUCAGCAGGUUGCAUAGAUAUGGAGAGACGUGCUCUCCUUCAGUUGAAGGCAAGUAUUGUGGAAGAUUACAAUAAUGACCCUUUGUCUUCAUGGAACAACAAGAGUUAUGAUUGCUGUGAAUGGAAAGGAGUCGGUUGUAGCAAUCAAACUGACCAUGUUGAAAUGCUUCAUCUAUAUGGCGAUCAGUUUGGUCGUUUUCGAGGCGAGAUCAACGCAUCAUUGUUGGAGUUGCGCCAAUUAAAGUAUUUGAACCUUAGUUAUAAUUGGUUUUCAAACAGUAAAUUUCCAGAAUUAUUUGGUUCUCUAAGCAACUUAAGGUUCCUUGACCUCCGAGCUUCAUUUAAUGGGGGAAGAUUUCCAAAUGAUAUUUCUCGUCUAAGCAACUUGCAAUAUCUUGAUCUUUCAUCUAACUACCUUGAUGGUACAAUCCCUCAUCAACUUGGAAAUCUCUCUCAUUUGCAGUACCUUUAUCUCCGUGGUAAUAACCUUGUUGGAACCAUUCCUCAUCAACUUGGAAGCCUUUCAAAUUUACAGGAGCUUGAUCUUAGAGGGAAUCUCUUGAGCGACAAGAAUGGUGUUGGAGGUGAGUGGCUUUCUAAUCUCACUCUUUUAACUCAUCUUGAUUUAAGUCUAAUGCAAAAUCUCGAUACUUCUCGUCUCUGGCUGCAAACAAUUGCUAUGCUUCCAAAUAUACAAAUAUUGAAGCUAUCUGAUUGUCAUCUUUCUGAUCUUUCUCCCUUCCAUUCAAUCUUCAAUUUUUCUACUUCUCUUAAAGUCAUUGAUCUUUCGGGCAAUGCAUUCACAUCUUUCAAAAUAUUUGAAUGGGUGUAUAAUGUCGCCUCCAACUUAACCGAGCUUGAUCUUAGCGAUAACCUUUUGCAAGGCUCCAUUCAUUAUGAUUUUGGAAACACACUGGGAAAAUCAUUUAGUAACUUAUGUUCGUUAAGGUCAUUAGACAUGUCAAGUAACAAGUUGAGUGAAGAUCUUUCAGUAAUAAUUCAUAAUUUAUCUGUUGGGUGUGCAAAGUACUCGAUACAAGAAUUAUAUUUGGCUAGCAACCAAAUUAUUGGUACACUACCUGACAUGUCAGUGUUCUCAUCAUUAAAAACAUUGAUACUCUCUCACAAUCUAUUAUAUGGGAAAAUAAUGCAUUCAUUCCCUUAUCAAUUAGAGAGUUUGGAAUUGGAUUCCAAUAAUUUAGAAGGUGUGAUCACUGACUCCCAUUUUGGCAACAUGUCUAUGUUAAAGAAUUUAAACUUGAAUUCCAAUUCAUUAGCUUUAAUAUUCAGUGAAAAAUGGGUGCCGCCUUUUCAAUUGUUUUCCAUAUAUCUAAGGUCUUGUAUAUUAGGGCCUAGUUUUCCUACAUGGUUGCAGGGUCAAAAAUAUCUCCAAGCCCUUGACAUUUCUGAUGCUAAAAUCACAGACUUAGUUCCAGUGUGGUUUUGGACUCAAUCAACAAAUCUAAUUUUCAUGAAUAUUUCAAACAAUAAUCUCAGCGGCACAAUUCCAAAUUUACCCAUAACAUUUUUUCAUUAUUUUGAAGUAAUUCUGAAUACAAAUCAGUUUGAAGGUUCAAUCCCACCAUUUUUUCGAAGUGCAACAUUGCUUGAGAUGUCCAAGAACAAAUUUUCAAAAAUUGAUUUGUUCUUAUGUACUAACAUUGUGGUUGAUUCGUUGAUUGUAUUGGAUCUAUCAAAUAAUCAGUUAUCAAGUCUACUCUCUAAUUGUUGGGGUAAUUUGAAAGCAUUGAAAUUUCUGGAUUUGAGUGACAAUAUAUUAUCUGGAGAAGUUCCAUCAUCAAUGGGAUCAUUACUUGAACUUAAGGUAUUGAUAUUGCGGAACAAUAGCUUAACGGGGAAGUUACCUUUCUCCUUGAAAAAUUGCACAAACUUGCGCAUGCUAGAUCUUGGAGAUAAUAGAUUAUCGGGACCAAUACCGUAUUGGUUAGGACAAGAAUUGCAAUUGUUAAGCUUAAGAAGGAACCAAUUCUAUGGAAAUCUUCCUCAAAGUCUGUGUUACUUAAAAAAUAUUCAGUUGUUGGAUCUAUCUGAGAACAAUAUAUCAGGACAAAUUUUCAAAUGUUUGAAGAAUUUCUCCUCAAUGUCUCAAAAAGUUUCCUCUACUAAUAUCCAAGAAACUCCUAUACUUUACUCAACAGGUGUUGGAUCCAUAUUUCAAUAUGCCGGUUUUGAUUUGAAUGCAUUGUUGAUGUGGAAAGGGGAAGAACGAUUGUUUAAGAAUAAUGAGCUCAUUUUAAGGAGCAUUGAUCUUUCAAGCAAUCAAUUGAUAGGAAACAUUCCAGAAGAAAUAGGAAAUUUGGUAGAAUUGGUGUCAUUGAAUUUAUCAAGCAACAAUUUGAGUGGAGAAAUUACUUUAAAGAUUGGAAAAUUAAAAUUACUUGAAUUUCUCGACUUGUCAAGAAACCAGUUCUCU